AUGGUGGAUGGUGCUGUGAACAAUGAAGAUGGUGACGUUGAUUGUGGGAUGAUGGUGAUGGUGAUGGUGAUGGUGAUGGUGGUGGUGAUGGUGAUGGUGGGGAUGGUGAUGGUGAUGGUGAUGAUGGUGAUGAUGAUGAUGAUGAUGAUGAUGAUGAUGAUGAUGAUGAUGAUGAUGAUGAUGAUGAUGUUAAUGAUGAUGGUGAUGGUGGUGGUGGUGGUGGUGGUGAUGAUGAUGAUGUUGAUGAGGCGAAGGAGGAUGGAAGCGAACAAGCAAGACGCUGAUGAUAGGCAGGUUUUCUUCGUUUUGCUUCUUCUCAUGAUCAUCGGAACGUGUGGCAUAUGGGCAAGGCUGUGGUACCACAAGGAAAUCUUCGACAGCAUCGUGCACGGGGACGAUCGCGAUCGCGAAUCGACGAAUCCUGAAGAGGAGUCUUAG